AUGGUGGACAAGGCAUGGGUUCAUCUUAGCAGAGUUGAUCCUGCGUAUGAGAGAGGGGCUUCAAAUUUUGUACGAGAUGUGGCUGGAGGUCUGGGAAGAACUGAUAUGAUUGUUUGUCCCUGCAUUGACUGCCGUAAUAUUGAUCGUCACUCAGGAGCUGUGGUAGUUGAUCAUCUAGUUACUAGGGGAAUGGAUGAGUCUUACAAGAAGCGGUCUGAUUGGUAUCUUCAUGGAGAAUUGGAGUCUAGAGUUGUAUCUGAAAGCAGCACAAGUCAGUGGAAUGAUGAGAUCUUCGGGUUAUACAGAGCCGCUGAGUGUUUUGAUGAAGAGUUAGCUGGUACUGGGGAGUUAUCUGAGAUGGCAGAGGGAGACGACAAGAAAGAAGAUGAAUUCUUGGCAAAGAUAGCUGAUGCAGAGACUCCAUUGUAUCCGAGUUGUGCAUCACACAGCAAGCUAUCCGCCAUUGUUUCUUUAUUCAGACUGAAGACACAGAAUGGAUGGUCUGACAAAAGCUUCAACGAUCUGCUUGAGACCUUACCGGAGAUGUUACCAGAGGAUAAUGUGCUCCACACUUCGCUGUAUGAGGUGAAGAAAUUUCUGAAAUCCUUUGAUAUGGGCUACGAGAAGAUUCAUGCAUGCGUCAAUGACUGCUGUCUAUUCAGAAAGAGGUACAAGAAGCUUGAAAAGUGUCCAAAAUGCAAGGCUUCAAGAUGGAAGACCAAUAUGCACACUGGUGAGAAGAAGAAAGGCGUCCCACAGAAAGUAUUACGUUACUUUCCCAUCAUACCAAGACUGAAGAGGAUGUUCAGGUCUGAGCAAAUGGCAAAAGAUUUGAGGUGGCACUUCACCAACAAAAGCAUUGACGGAAAACUUCGACACCCGGUUGAUUCAGUCACAUGGGAUCAGAUGAAUGCAAAACACCCGGCCUUUGCAGCAGAAGAAAGGAACAUGAGGCUUGGUCUUUCAACUGACGGAUUUAAUCCCUUCAAUAUGAAGAAUUCGAUGUACAGUUGCUGGCCUGUUUUGCUAGUGAACUACAACUUGCCGCCUGACCUAUGCAUGAAGAAGGAGAACAUCAUGCUUUCCUUGUUGAUUCCUGGUCCACAACAGCCUGGUAAUAGCAUCGAUGUGUACUUAGAACCCCUCAUCGACGAUCUAAACCAUCUGUGGAGCAGUUGA